AUGAAUACGAAUAGUCUAAGUAAUCGUCAUAAGAGUCCUGUAAAACUAUUUGAAGUCCGGCUUUACAAUGCUGAAGCGAAUGUAAUCGUACUGUACGGCGAUUCACUUGACUCGGCUGCUAGGAUCUCAGGUGUCGUAGUUCUUUCCAUCGCUCAGCCCAUUCGGAUACGAAAUAUAAAACUUCGCCUUGCUGGUAGAUCUUUUGUUUGCUGGUCCGACGAAUCCAAGAGUAGUUCAAAUGGAGGCAAUAAAAUCCGACGUCAAGUGAAUCAGAUUCUGGAUAGACAAUGGUCAUUUCUGUCGGGAGAUGGCAACAAGACAAUUCAAGACGGUAAUUACGAAUAUCCGUUUGAUUACCAACUUCCACCAGAUAUUCCUGAGUCUAUUGAAAGAGUCCCAGGAUGUCAUAUUAUAUAUACUCUGACAGCCUGCUUAGAAAGAGCAACAAUCCCUUCUACUAAUUUGGAGUCUGCGCUGCAAUUUCGUGUCGUCCGAACCAUCCCUCCUAAUAGUCUCGAUCUCAUGCACUCUGUAAGUGUUAGCGAUAUAUGGCCGUCUAAAGUCAAUUAUGAAACGAGCAUUCCUUCAAAGAUAUAUGCAAUUGGCUCUGAAAUUCCAAUUAAUUUUAAAUUGUAUCCUCUUUUAAAAGGACUCGAUAUCGGGAAGGUGACAAUUGUCUUAAAGGAAUACUGUUCUCUGUUUAUAAAUUCCAAAACAUUUUCUUCUACUAGCCGGAAAGACUUCAAACGUGUUUUAGCUAAAAAGACUGUACCCGGCCUUGCAAUGAUUGACGACUGUUGGCAAGAUCAAAUUAAAAUUCCAAUUCCUGAAUCUUUGGGUGACUGUACACAAGAUUGUGAUUUGAAUUGUAUACGCGUUCAUCAUAAACUUCGUCUUUCCAUCUCUCUAUUAAAUCCUGAUGGUCAUAUAUCUGAACUUCGCAACUCUUUACCCUUAUCUUUAGUAAUUUCACCGGUUAUGUUCGGUGCUAGAAGGUCUGAGGGUCUUUUUACAGGAGAUCAUGCGUCUUAUGUAAACGAAAAUGUCUUGCCUAGUUACGAUCGCCAUAUUUUUGAUGUUCUUUGGGAUGCCGUUCCUCCCGAAAGCGCUCCCGUGCUUAGUGAGUUUACUACACCUAACACUAGUCGGCGAAAUUCUUCGGAUUAUGGACCGGCUAGUCCCGUUCUUAGUAUCAACACGAACACAAAGUCGUUUUCAAACACCCAGUCCGUAUCUUCUCCUUCUUUAGGAUCUCAACCGAGCUUUUAUAUCGAAAACUCAACUCAAUCUCCCUCUGAUAGAACUGAAUUUCUAUCACCUAUAACAUCUCCAAUGGCGCCAUUUUCCGGUGCCUGUCGUAGAGCUGCUCGUUCUAGAGCCAAUAGUACCUCUUCAUCGUUUGGUGGUUCUCAAAUACAAGGCUUACAGCCUGAGAAUUCUUUCUUGGGUUCAACAUCUCCUAACCGCACGCUACCUGUGCGUAGUGUGUCUACCCUAAGUUUACAAGAGUUAGGUAAAUUACCUCCUUACUAUGAAGCACAUUCAGCUUUCUCAAAUGUACUCCCUCUUGACGGACUUCCUCAUUAUGAACAGGCUACAAAGCCGUUAAGUCCGACCCCUUCUCUUCAUGGCAGUCAAGCUUCGACUAUCAUUGCAACACCUACACCUACUGUGCGUGUCUCACCAAUAGAAACUCCUACUCGAAGUCCACCUCGUCCGGUUACAGUAAUAAAAAGUAAGUCCUCUGGCAAUUUGACACACCACGGGCUUCACUGA